GAACACGCCCUUGUAAAAACAGCGUUUCCAUUUCUCCGGCUCUCUCGCCAUCGGAUCCCUUUCUCCGCCAUUUCACACUGCUCAACGCCGCCACUUUCCUUCUUCGAUCGAAUCUUCAUCUCCUUAUUCUUCUUAUUCUUCACACUUUCCAAUCAACUCGAUCAGAUUUUUCUACUUGGAAAGCGACGAGACUGUUGAUUUUUCCGGCUGCCGGAAUCGGUGCUUCAGGGAGUAGAUGUUAGGGUUUUCUAAUGGAAGCGGUGGCGGCGGAGUUGGAGCUGAGGAUUUAGCUCAAUUCCAAGCUACCAUGCGCGCGAUUGAACUUGCUUGCUCUUACAUUCAGAUAAAUAGUAAUCCAGUUGCUGCCGAGGCUACCAUUUUGUCGCUUCACCAGUCCCCACAGCCGUAUAAGGCGUGUAGAUAUAUUCUUGAACAUUCUCAGGUGGCAAAUGCUAGGUUUCAAGCUGCUGCAGCUAUACGAGAAGCAGCUAUCAGGGAAUGGAGCUUUCUUGCCACAGAUGAUAAAGGGGGUUUGAUUAACUUCUGUCUGGGCUAUGUCAUGCAGCAUGCUAAUUCAUCCGAGGGAUAUGUGCUUUCAAAAGUAUCUUCUGUGGCAGCACAGCUGAUGAAAAGAGGCUGGCUUGAGUUUACUCCAGCCGAGAAGGAAGUCUUUUUCUAUCAGAUCAACCAGGCUAUUCUUGGUUCUCGUGGCUUAGAUGUGCAGUUCAUCGGUGUAAAUUUUCUUGAAUCAUUGGUAUCUGAAUUCUCACCCUCUACUUCAAGUGCCAUGGGUCUCCCUAGGGAAUUUCAUGAAAAUUGUCGCAAGUCACUAGAGCAAAACUUUUUGAAGACUUUCUAUCAGUGGGCACAAGAUGCUGCUUUGAGUGUUACAAACAAGAUUAUCGAAUCGCAUUCUAGUGUCCCUGAGGUUAAGGUUUGCAAUGCUACACUGCGUUUAAUGCAUCAAAUACUAAAUUGGGAGUUUCGUUACAGCAAAGGUGGCACAAGAGCCAGCAUUAAUGUAUUCUCUGACGGAAUUAGAGCUGAUAAUGCAUUUUCAAGAAAGACAGAAUGUGUAAUAGUUCAGCCUGGAGCUUCGUGGUGUGAUGUUUUGCUUUCAAGCUCACAUGUUGGAUGGCUGAUAAAUAUAUAUUCGUCGGUGAGGCAGAAGUUUGAUCUUGAAGGCUAUUGGCUAGAUUGUCCUGUUGCAGUCUCUGCUCGGAAACUUAUCGUGCAAUUGUGCUCCUUGGCAGGGAAAAUAUUUCCAUCCGACAAUGGGCAGAUGCAAGAGCAACAUCUGCUCCUCCUGCUGUCGGGUGUGUUGCCCUGGAUUGAUCCUCCUGAUGUCAUUUCAAAGGAAAUUGAAGAAGGAAGGAGUGGAAGUGAGAUGAUUGAUGGUUGUCGCGCAUUGUUAUCUAUUGGGACUGUUACUACUCCUGUUGUCUUUGACAAACUCUUGCGAUCGUUAAGGCCCUUUGGCACCCUUACACUCUUAUCUAUGUUAAUGGGUGAAGUUGUCAAAGUACUAAUGGCAAAUAGUACUGAUGAAGAGACCUGGAGCUAUGAGGCACGCGAUAUCUUGCUAGAUACUUGGACCACACUCCUUGCUUCAAUGGAUGGUUCUGGGGGUAAUGCGAGGCUACCACCUGAGGGGAUGCAUGCUGCAGCUAGUCUCUUUUCAUUGAUUGUGGAAUCUGAACUAAAAGUGGCAUCUGCGUCAGCUACUACUGAAGAUGAUGCUGACUGCCUGGCUUCUGUAUCCGCCAUGGACGAAAGACUAGGCUCUUAUGCUCUCAUUGCAAGGGCAGCAGUCGAUGCUACAAUUCCAUUUUUAGCAAAACUUUUCUCUGAUCAUGUUGCACGCCUCCAUCAGGGCAGGGGCACUGUUGAUCCGACGGAAACUUUGGAAGAGGUCUACUCUUUGCUGCUAAUAAUCGGUCAUGUACUUGCAGAUGAAGGGGAAGGGGAGACUGCCUUGGUUCCUGAUGCUUUGCAAUCUCAUUUUGUGGAUGUUGUUGAGGCAAACAACCACCCUGUCGUGGUACUCUCAAGCUCAAUAAUAAAAUUCGCCGAGCAAUGUUUGGAUGCAGAAAUGAGAUCAUCGAUCUUUAGUCCUCGGCUAAUGGAGGCAGUCAUAUGGUUCCUUGCAAGAUGGUCUUUCACAUAUCUAAUGCUCGUUGAAGACUGCAAUUUGGGUAGCAACCAGCUUCAGUCUCUACGUUCAAGAGCAUGUUUAUUCACGUUUUUCAACGAACACAAUCAGGGGAAGUUUGUCCUUGAUAUAAUUGUCCGGAUCUCCUUGACAUCGCUCAUGUCUUACCCUGGUGAAAAGGACUUGCAGGACUCCUGGCGUAACCUGGCAAAUGCUUUUGCAAAUGACAAAACAUUGUUUUUACUAAAUAGUGUUAGUCAGCGUUCAUUGGCUCAAACCCUUGUUCUUUCUGCUUAUGGAAUGCGAAGUUCAGAUGCAUCAAAUCAAUAUGUGAAGGACCUCAUGGCUCAUAUGACAUCAUCUCUAGUGGACUUGUCCAAUAACAGUGAUCUUAAAAAUUUGGCUCAACAACCUGCUAUUAUCAUGCUGGUGAGUUGUGUGUUAGAGCGGCUUCGAGGAGCGGCAAGUGCCACUGAACCCCGGACACAGAGAGCAAUAUAUGAGAUGGGGUUGUCUGUCAUGAAUCCUGUACUCCGUCUUCUCGAGGUUUACAAACAUGAGUCUGCAGUGAUAUAUCUUCUUCUUAAAUUUGUCGUGGAUUGGGUGGAUGGGCAAUUAUCUUACCUAGAGGCUCAUGAAACAGCCGUUGUCAUUAAUUUCUGCAUGAGUCUUCUACAAAUAUAUUCGUCACACAAUAUUGGGAAGAUAUCAUUGUCUCUCUCUAGUACCUUGCUUAAUGAAGCAAAAACCGAAAAGUAUAAGGAUUUACGCGCUCUGCUUCAGCUACUUUCCCAUCUAUGCUCUAAAGAUAUGGUUGAUUUUUCAUCUGAUAGUAUUGAGACACAAAGCACUAAUAUUUCCCAGGUGGUGUACUUUGGUCUCCAUAUAAUCACUCCACUUAUAACUUUGGAACUCCUCAAAUACCCCAAGCUUUGUUUCGAUUAUUUCUCGCUCAUUUCACAUAUGCUCGAGGUUUACCCCGAGACGCUCGCACAACUCAACAAUGAUGCAUUUAGCCAUGUAGUUACAACAGUUGACUUUGGUCUUCAUCAGCAGGAUGUCGAUAUAGUCACAAUGUGCCUGAGAGCUCUAAAGGCUCUUGCUUCAUAUCACUACAAAGAGAAAAAUACUGGCAACUCGGGUUUGGGUUCUCACGCUGCUGGACACACAGAUCCAAAUGGAGUAUUCCAUGAAGGAAUACUGAGUCGAUUCCUUCGUACAUUGCUUCACUUCCUUCUUUUUGAGGAUUACAGUACCGACCUAGUCAGUACAGCAGCAGAUGCCUUGUUCCCUCUUAUUCUCUGUGAACCAAAUCUUUACCAGGGAUUGGGCAACGAACUGAUUGAGAAGCAGGCGAAUCCGAACUUUAAAACUAGGCUAGCAAACGCGCUUCAGGUGCUCACAACGUCAAACCAGCUAUCCUCAUCCUUGGACCGUCUCAACUACCCAAGAUUCAGAAAGAACCUCAACAACUUCCUUGUUGAAGUUCGUGGGUUUCUCAAAACUAGGUGACCGAAUUUUAGAACUUACGUGUUUUUUUGGGUUGUAAAAUGAAUUUACUUGGUAGAC